AUGCAUCCAGCCUCAAUGAUUGGUGCCUUGCUGCUUAUCCGAGAGCACAUGGUGCUGAGUGCCCUGAGCCUGACCCUCGUUGGCUUCAUUCUCCGCAGUAUAUAUCGUCUGUACUUCGAUCCGCUGCAUCAUGUUCCUGGCCCAAAGCUAGCCGCGAUUUCCCAUCUGUAUGAGUUCUACUUCGAUGUCAUCCGCAAUGGCAUGUUCGUUUGGGAAAUCGACAGGAUGCACCAAAGAUACGGACCCAUCGUGCGGAUCAAUCCUCGGGAGGUGCACAUCAAGGAUCCCUAUUUCUACGACGAGAUCUAUGCCCCGGCCACCGGGAUGCGGGAUAAGGACCCGAAGUCCGUCCACAUCUUCAGUGCCCCCGGUGCGAUGGUCUCCACCGUCGGCCACCACACGCAUCGCAUGCGCCGACGGAUCCUUACCUCAUUCUUCUCGCGACGCUCGAUCGAGGGGAUUGAGCCGACCAUCCAGCGAUCGCUGGACAAGUUCCUGAAUGCCCUUCGCACUGCCUACAGAGAGGACAAAGUCCUGGACCUCAUCAACCGACUGCAGGGGUUGACCGGCGACCUCAUCACACAGUAUGCGUACGGGAACAGCUACGAGCUUCAGGAGGAGGAGAACAUCGGCAAGGGCAUCGUUAAGGUGGUCCAGGAGGGGACAGACCAGAUCCACCUACACCGAUUCUUUCCCGUAAUGGGCGCUCUCCUGCGCCUGAUUCCCAAGUGGUUCAUGGCGCGGGUCUUCCCCGCCCGAGCCCGCGUCUAUGAUCUGUUGGAGGGCGUUCGGGAGCAGUCUUUGGCCGCGCUGGAUUCGAGAAGCGCAGCCCCGGGUGCCGGGGGUGGCCCCAAAACGACCACCAUGUUUCAUGCUCUUACGGAUCCGGACGUUCCCCCGGAAGAACGGACGCUCAAACGCCUCGAGGAUGAAGGGUUGGUACUGUUUGCCGCUGGCACCGAGACGACGGCGACCACGCUGUCGGUGGCCAUCUUUCAUAUUCUCAAUGAUCCAGCGGUAUUGAGCAAACUCCGAACGGAACUGAAACAGAUCAUGCCCACUCCGCACCACCCGGUGACAUGGCGCCAACUUGAGAAGCUGCCAUACUUGACAGCAGUAAUUCACGAGGCUCUACGCUUUUCCGGAAUCGUGAUGCGACAGCAGAGGAUGUCGCCGACGGAGGCCCUGAGAUAUAAGGACUGCGUUAUCCCACCGGGUACACCGGUCAGCACGAUCGCAUACUUCGUGCACAGAGAUCCCACCCUGUUCCCAGAUCCGGACAAAUUCUACCCGGAGCGAUGGAUCCUGGCCGCGGAGCGGCAAGAGGGACUGUUGCGCUAUCUAGUGACAUUCGGCCGGGGCAAUAGGGCCUGCCUAGGAAUGAACCUAGCCUACGCGGAAUUGUACAAUGUCUUGGCUACGGUGAUUCGUCAUUUCGAUCUGGAACUCUACCAGACAACGAAGGAGAAUGUCCGAUUUGUGCGAGACAAACUGCUUCCGCGGGGCAGAGAUGGGCCAUGGCGAGUGCGAGUGAAAGUGACUGGGAUUGUUGAAGAAUAA